AUGGGGACACUGGGCGAGGCUGGACUUGGGCAUCCGGGUCUCGGAUCACCUGGACGGGGGAGUGGGGGUCGGAUGGGUGAGCUGGGGAGAACCGAGGACCCGCUGUCUGUUGGGAGCAGCCGCUCCGGUGGGCAGAGGGGAGGAGGGCCCAGGUGCUGUCAGGAGACCAGGUCCACCCCAGCCCAGAGCUACGAAGUCAGUCCGUGCCGCAGGCCCGGGGAGCCCCUGCAUCGGGCGGCCAGAGGUGGCCGGCGCCCCGUCACUGAGCCUGGGCGGUGCGUCCCAGAGACCUUCAGACCGCGGUCUGAGGGGCACGAGUUCCCAUCGUCAGCGGCCACGCACACAGGCCGUCCCCGGGGUGCAGGAGGCCUCGGAGGGAACACCGAGGGAGGGACUCUGGCCCCCAGAACGCAGGCCCCGGCCCGGAAGGCGACCCCUAGCGGCAGCCGAGGGAAGCCCCUAGUGGGAAUGAGGCCCCGCGGGGUGUCUGGACUUCCGCAUCCGGGUCUCAAGAGACUGGCGGGGCGGGGCGGGGCGAGGGGGCCUGGGCCUCGGCGUCGGCGUCGGCGUCGGCGUCUUCCGGCCGCGCCUCGAAUCCCGUCAGGCGCGGGAAGGGCGCAGAGCCUCGUGGGCUUCGAGGGGCUCUGCGAGCUCUGCAGUUGAGGCCUUGGUCUGAGGCAGGAGUCCUGAGGUCACAGAGCAGAGGAGGCGCGGCCGCGUGCCAGUCGGUUGUCCAGGCGAGGGUCUGGCGACCAUCAUGCCCCUACGUCAGACGAGUGAGCUCUGCAAGGUCGAGGAGGAGCCCAGACAGGCCCCGCUGCCAUGGGAUGUACCGCUGUGGGAGGCGGAGGACGAGGAGGUGGAGGUGGUGGAG